AUGGAAGACAUACGCCCCGGCUCGGCUAACUCAAAUGACGCCUUUGACAUAAGCGAGUCUUUGGUCCCCGCAAGGGAGAUCAAACAAGCCGGUCAGAGUCAUGUUUCCUUCGACGGUCUUUUACAGCAGCCUUUACUUCUCAAGGAGGAUUUGAAAGAGGGAUGUGGUGGUCAGCUAUGGCCUGCCGGCAUGGUCCUGUCUAAAUAUAUGCUUCGUCAACAUCGCUCCGACCUGGUUGACAAAACAAUUCUUGAGCUCGGAGCUGGCGGUGGGCUUGUUGGAUUAGCAGUCGCCUCCGGCUGUGCAGUUGGCCCAUCUCCUAUCUAUAUCACCGAUCAAUUGCCAAUGUUUCCCCUUAUGGAAGCUAAUAUUGCGCUCAACGACCUCGCGAACAAGGUCAAAGCCGCAGUGCUAGAUUGGGGGACAAGCAUUUCCGACGACAUUCCACGGCAUCCUGACAUUAUCCUUGCCGCUGAUUGCGUUUACUUUGAGCCCGCUUUUCCACUCCUGAUAUCGACGCUGCGUGAUCUUCUGGGGCCCAAUUCCGAUUGCUAUUUUUGCUUCAAAAAACGUAGAAGGGCAGACCUUCGAUUCUUGAAACUCGCGAAGAAAGCAUUCCAGGUCACCGAGAUCAACGAUGAUCCAGAUGCCGAGACAUACAAGCGGGAGAAUAUCAAUCUUUUCUCAAUACGAGCAAAACAUGACGGUUGA